AUGAACUGUCCAGCUUCUGGGAGCCGGAGCCUGCCCCGCAGCGACUGCUGCCCGGCGCGCGCGUGGUACGUGGAGCGUUGCGAAUUGCCUGCACAUUGUCUCUGGCAGAGCAGCGAAUCUGGGCACAGGUUGGACAGCGGCAACAGCAACCUGUUCUGGAGAAUCCAGUUGGACCAAGAUCUCUUCGACACCAUCAUCGCCAUUUACCCGGAGUGGUUCAAGGACUACCAGCUGCAGCUGCAGCAGCAGCAGCAGCAGCAGCAGUCGGCUAGCGGCCAGGGCGACGCCGCCCCCAGCAUGGCGGAGGCGGAGGGCCCCGGCUGUGGCUCGGCCGACGCGCCGCCCCCGCCCGGCCGGCCC